AUGAAAUUAAAUUAUGAUUAAUUUGUGAAAAAAUAUUUUCCAGUUUAACAAAUAACAAACCUAAAGGAAUCCUCUUCAUUAAUAUUUGUAUCAAAGUAAGGAUAAAUAAUAAAAGAAUAAAAUUUUACAGAAAAUGAAUGGCUAUUAUGGAGGGAACAUUUUCGAUAGGAAAUUGAGUUAUAAAAUAUUCUAAAUGAAUAUGAACCUAAUUACUUUCUCAAAAUUUUGGAUUGGGCUGAGGAAUUUUAAGAAUAAUUGCACAAAGUGUUGAUUAUUUAUGAAAACUAAAAGGAUAGUUAAAAUUUAGAAUUAUACAUAAAAAAUAAUACAAUUAGUCAAGAAAAAUUGAUAAAUAUCAUUAUUUAAAUCCUUGGAAUAGGAAUGGCACUUUAACGUAGAAAGAUUUUUCACUUAAAUAUAACUCCAAAAAAUUUGAUAUAUGUUAACGGAUUUAUUAAGCUUACUGACUUUGGUAGUUCUAGAGUAAUACACAAAUAGUAUUAUUCUUAAAAAUAUUCUGA